AUGAUAAUAAAGAAUAAUGGAUUUUGUCCGUACUCAAGUUGCUGUCGCGAACCGCUCGCAUGGUCGCUUGAUGCCGAAGCUGCGGCAGACCAGGCAAAUUGCAAACUAUUCACUACAUUACCGAAUGAGCUCCGUCUUCUGAUCUGGGAGUUUUCGCUUACGAAAUCUGCCCCACGGGUACAUGAUCGUGGACGGCCGCUGGGGUAUCAAGCAUCACGCUCACCAGGAGCACCACUUCGUUCCGACAUUGCAUUUGCGCUCUUGCAAACCUGUCGUGCCGUCUAUUUCGAGACCUAUACACUGCCUGUAUCUUGUAACCCCUACGUCGUACAAAACUGCUACCACAGUGCUGAGAUGAAGAAGUUUCUGCCCUGGCAGUAUGCCGCGAUACAGCGCCUGGACAUCGAUCUCAUUCAGGCUUCACUCGAGGGUGACUGCUUCUGGGACUACCUUUUCGAAAAGGAGAAAUGGAAUCUGGGCGUACGUAAUGAGAGCGCGUACGUUGCGCCAAAGCGACAUGUAGUGCAGCGUCAAUACGAGCCUUUUGAUCUCGUGCCUACGCCCGCAACAUCCAAGCCAGACCAACGGAAACUGCUAGACCAACAGAAACUGCUAUGCGAUGUUAUCAGAGACGCCUCGUCUUGCCUGUCAGAUAUCGAUGUCCGGCUUCAUGCGGAGGAUUCGUCUUUCAGAGUCAUGUUAGCGCGACCAAUUACUCAUUUGACACUCCGCCUCGCUGCGGAUUCUUGGUGGACGUGGACGGAUGAUCCUGAAACCAUCACCGCGACCGAAUAA